UGCCAGCUCCGGUUCCAGUUCGGUGCCAGCUCUGCUCUGGUGUCACUGGUGCCCCCCACGUGCCAUGAGGGAGGACUUUGUCCCCAGGGUGCCCUCUCCAGCUCCACCAGCUCGGCUCUGAGGGCUUGCAAAGGUUGCUGGCAGGGGAGAUGGCGACCAGGAGGCUCCUGCUGGGGGUCCUGCUGUGGGUGGGCGCUGCCAGGGCGGCGAGGGACAGCCUGACCAACGUCUGCAUGGAUGCCACCCACCACAAGAAGGAGCCUGGGCCCGAGGGGAAGCUCUAUGGGCAGUGUGCCCUGUGGAAGGACAACGCCUGCUGCACGGCCAACACCAGCCAGGAAGCCCACCAGGACCAGUCCUACCUCUACAGCUUCAACUGGGACCACUGUGGGGUGAUGCCCCCCAAGUGCAAGCGGCACUUCAUCCAGGACACCUGCCUCUACGAGUGCUCCCCCAACCUGGGGCCGUGGAUCGACCAGGCUGACAGCAGCUGGAGGAAGGAGAGGAUCCUCCAUGUGCCGCUGUGCCGGGAGGACUGCGAGCAGUGGUGGGAGGACUGCCAGGAGGCUCUCACCUGCAAGGUCAACUGGCACAAGGGCUGGAACUGGACCUCAGGCACCAACCAGUGUCCCCAGGGCUCCAUGUGCCAGAGGUUCAGGGUGGUGUUCCCCACCCCAGCCAGGCUGUGCGAGGACAUCUGGUCCCAGUCCUACCGGUGGAGCCCUCACCGGCGGGGCAGCGGCCGCUGCAUCCAGAUGUGGUUCGACCCCGCCCAGGGCAACCCCAACGUGGCCGUGGCACGGUUCUAUGCCAAGGCUGCUGCCCCCCCCCGGGGGCCUGCCCCUCGCCUCGGGGGGCCUGCUGCUGCUGCCCACCGCCGGCCGGCUGCUCCUCUCCGCCUGACAUGGAGGUCGCCGUGGCCGUGCUCGAUGCAAGCCUGGAGACCACCCCGUGGAGACCCCCAUGAUCCCUCUCGACCACCCCAUGGAGACCCUCCCAGCCCUUGA